CUCUUCAUUAAACUAAACAUACCCAAUUCCAGCAACCGUUCCUUAUGUUUUAACUUCCAGCCUGAAGUUAAGUAUGCUUGCCACCUUGAGUUAUAAAGCAAUAAAGUCAGGAUAAAAAUCAAAUAAAUAAUAACCAAAUAACACCCAGGGCAGAACCAAGUUCAUCAGGCACGUCUAUAUAUCUGCCAAAAAGGUCCCUAACGCUUUUCCCCUUUGCUUUGCGAAGCUAGUCCAAGGCAGUGAUCGAUUGCAAAUAAGGUCUGAGUUGAGCUGGUGGAGCAUUGCCCUCUGCUGGCUUUGACGUGAAAAUGGGCCCAAUUCGUGAAUACCCCCACAAUGCUUUUCAGUUGUUUGCGAGUUCCUUCCUUGUUUUCCACUUACGAGAAACGGGACGAGGAAAUCAGAGGCGGCGGAGGGGAGCGGUCACUCCGGGUUUCGCCGAAACUCAGACCCGGAAGCGUCUGUGGGAGAUCGGGGAAAGUGAUGGAUGAAUUGGCUGCCUCCUCUGGAAAGGACUUCACUGACCACUCUUCUGACAGUCUUCUGGAACCAUCAGAAGAGCCAGACUCAUCCUUUACCAACGAGUCCUCUCCUAAUAUCAACCCUCCCUGUCGUUUUUUCUUAGAGGGACGCUGCCGUUUUGGUGCCCGCUGCCAAAACUAUCAUCCCGGUGAUGCUGGUGAGGUUCAUUUAAAAGAUUCUGGACCUCUCCAUGUUCCUUCCUUGCAGCUCACAGAAGGGAAGAAACCUGCCAUGAAAACAGCUGAGGAUGUAAUUUCCCGACUCCUCUGGGAUACACAGGUACCUGCUGAGCAGUUCUCUAUCGGCUACCUUGACCGGUUCUUGGGGAUCUUAGAAGAACCUUUUAUUUCUUUCUCGUGGGAGGAUCUAGCUUCAGUUGGUCCUGGUGUACUGGCUAUCCCAAAACAUAGGAUCCAUUAUUUUAAAUAUAGAGACCGUGUGGUUUGGGACAAAGUCAGUCGCACCGAUGACGUUUUUGGAUCCACAGGAAGUGGGAAAACCAUCUUAGAAGUGAUGAAGGAAGAAGAUGCCCAAGCCGUGAAGCAAAUAUCGGGUCUUCCAAAUAGCCUCCAAGUUGAAGAAGAGGUAGAUGGGAAUUCACCCAAAGAGAAAGAGUUGAACGGGACAGGUGAUGGACAGAAGUUAGCGAUGGCUUUGGGGGAAGCCGGGGAUAAUUUGGAGUUGGUUGAAGACAUGUCCUUCAACCAAGAAGGAAAUGUGGCCAGCAAAGAAAAGGAGGGGGAGGCAGUCGGCUCUGUUAACUGUGAAGAAUUCAAACAUGCUUGUGCUGUCGGAAUAGAAAAUGAAACAGUGAUGGCGGAGAAAGAAAACGUGGAUUUGGAAAGGAAGGGAGGGAGGAGCUUCUCCUAUCCGAAAGAGCGCCCCACCCAUUUCAUAGCUAUCCCGAUUACCAGCCCAGAAAUCUGGGAAGCUGUGAAACAUUUCCAGGAGGCUCUGUGUGCCGUCAACUCAGACUUCGCUCCGUACUGUGUGCCCAGAGCAACACUGCAUGUCACGCUUUGCUUGCUGCACUUGGAUAGCCCUGAAGAAAUCCACAAAGCGAUGAUGGCUCUGGAAGAACUUCAGGCUGGUUUUCAGCGACUGCUGCCCCCCGUUUUGCUUCUCUCCUUCCGUAAUGUGGAGUCUUUUAAUUCACGGGUUUUGUACUUGGCACCGGACCCUGCACCCCAAUUGGGAGCCCUGGCUCAAAGUCUGGAAGACGCCUUUACCAAAAAGGGCUUGACUGUGAUUUGCCCUCCCUCCAAAGGGAAGUUCCAUUUGACUGUUGUGAAGGUUCCUCCUAGAAAGGGAAUGCCACGGCUCCCAUCAGGUUCGGCUUGGGCUCCUACUAUGGAGGACUUAGGAGUCCAGGCAGUAGAAUCCAUAGGUUUGUAUGAGGUAGGAAAAGGCAAAGGAACCGAUCAUGUGUACGUCAGCAUACUGAAAUUGGAUUUAUAUGGAGGAAGUUGAACUUAACUGGAGAUACUUUCCAAAUGAACAUCUUACUCUUUAGAAAAAGACUGUGUAGGGCUGGGCAACUUGAAGCUGUAUGGACUUCAACUCCCAGAAUUCCCCAGCAGCAUGUUUGGAGCACUUUAACUACAACUGUAAUGGAAUAGUUGAUCAAAUUGGGGUGGCGGAAAAAAAAA